AUAAUUUCCUCUCGUUCAUUGUUAAUCGCUAUUGAAACUGAAAAUCCAUGGCUUGAGCAAGGUUUUAGUAAUUAUUUCAAGGUAAUUACUUUUUAAAAUGUUUCGAAGGCAUUUUCUUCGUUACUUCUCAACAAAUAGUGGGUCUAAAAAUCAAAAACCACUAAAUGUUGCUGAUAAAUUAGAAAAAAAAUUUGACAAAGUCUCAGGAAAGCGUACCAAAAUACAGGGUUGGGUUAAGGUGAUAAGAAAAAUGAAGGACAAAGUAUUUCUAGAAGUCAACAAUGGAAUGACGUUCGAGCAUGUCCAAGUUGUGGCUAAAAAGACUGACAUCCCGAAAAAUUUAAGUUACGACUGUUCAGUAUUUGCUGCGGGUGAAGUCGCGUACGCACCAAAUGGUAGAUAUGAAAUACGCGCCGAUGAAGUAAGAAUACUCGGGUCGUGUGAAGUAGACGGGAGUUAUCCACUGUCCUCUAAAAAAGAUUAUAUACUCGACGAUCUACGUCAAAUUUUACACCUGAGACCUAGAACCGCUCAAUUUUCUAGUUUACUUAGAUUAAGGAGUAUAGCCUCACUGGCAAUCAGUAAACACAUGAACAAACGGGGGUUUAUAAAUAUUCACACGCCUAUUUUAACCUCCAAUGACUGUGAGGGUGCUGGUGAAGUAUUUUCGGUGGUUCCAGAGUCCCGUAAGAUGCUUGACGGCAUGAAGAAAAGUAAAGACCAGUCGGUAGAGUCUAUUUACUUCGACACACCUACAUAUCUUACUGUGUCUGGACAGUUACAGCUAGAAACAAUGGCAAGAACACUAUCAAAGGUCUACACAUUUGGCCCAACCUUCAGAGCCGAAAAUUCAAAAUCAAGGAUGCAUUUAUCUGAAUUUUACAUGAUAGAAGCUGAAGAAGCUUUUGUCACGGACAUCAGAAUGCUGACAACUGAAGCAGAGUUAUUAUUUAAAGCAAUUACUCGAGCUCUGGUAGAAGAAGGAGCUCCAGACAUGCGUGCAAUAAAAGCCGAGACACCCAAAUGGCUUGACAAAGACUUUAGGUAUAUGACUUACGACGACGCGAUUGAUAUUCUCGAUAAACACGCAGACAAGCUUUCAAUACCAGCUAAACGGGGUCAAGCUCUGUCCAAAGAGCAUGAAUUAUUUCUAGUUGAUUACAAUGACGGGAUUCCGACGUUCGUUAUCAACUGGCCGAAAGAAAUUAAGCCCUUUUAUAUGAAAGAGUGCUCUCAUGAUUCAUCAAAGGUUGCUGCUAUGGAUCUACUGGCGCCAGUAGUAGGUGAAGUUUUCGGUGGGAGUCUCAGAGAAGACAAUUAUGAGCUACUGAAACAAAAAAUACCUCCCAAGGCAAAUCUUGAGUGGUAUUUAGAUCUGAGAAGAUAUGGAAAUGUCCCAACAGGCGGAUUCGGGAUGGGAUACGAGAGAUUUCUUCAAACAGUACUUGGGAUUCCGAACAUCAGAGAUGUGAUUCCUUUUCCUAGAUGGCCACACAACUGCAGUCUAUGAAAUCUUUAAGAAAUAAACUUUUCAGGGUUUUGUGUU